CUCAGGGCAAGUGUUAUCCUUCUGUCGAAUGGUUGGCUGUGUCCUUUGUCCCAUCCGCCUUCCCGUAGCCUUCGACAUCUGGGUUGGGGCCAGAGGCUGCAGCCGGGCCAUGGUGUUCAGGUGCUUUGGAGCUUUUCGCUUCUUCACCAGCACAGCUGCGGCAGCGCCUCCGCACAGGAUCGCCCUUCGCCCUGCGGCGACGCACGGGCUGUGCGGCAUAAGGGCUGUGCAAGCGUGCGCUAUCUUUCAAAUGGAGUCUGGAAGACUGGGGGAGGAGGAGGAGGCGGCGGCAGCGGGGGGAGAACCUGGUGGAAGCGGAGGACCCUCCUCCGAGACCAGCCAGUUGCAGCAACACACAAACAACUGCACAUCUAAAUCAAAUGUUAAGAGAAAAAAAACUCCAGGAACGGAGAAUGAAGGGGAGAUUCUAAUAAAGAAAAAGGGAAAAGAAAAACAGAAUCGACCAAAUUAUUUCAUCUCUCUUCCAAUCACAAAUCCAAAGAUCAUGGAUGGUAUUAAGGCUCUUCAGGAUACAAUAAUAAAAAAAGAUUGCAGGCUGUCCAAAGCAAUGGUCCGGUAUGGCUCUUUCCAUGUCACUCUCUUAGUGAUGUAUUUGUCCAACGAAGAAGCAAUUGACAAAGCCGUUGAUGCUUUCUUGGAGAGUAAAGAUUUAAUAGAAAAACUCCUGCAAGGGAAGCCCCUGGAUUUAUCGUUUCAAGGAAUUGAUCACUUUAGAAAUCAAGUUGGAUUUGUGAAGCUGUCAGAGAGUGAUCAUGAAGCAGCACUUUUAAAUAUAGCAGAAAUUAUGAACAAGAUAUUUCAAGAAAAGGGCAUCCUUGCAGGAGAUGACAAAGCUCUUAAGCCUCACUUGACUUUCAUGAAGCUGUCAAAAUCCCCAGAACUUCGAAAACAGGGAGUGAGAAGAAUUGACCCAGCUUUAUAUAAAAAAUACAAGAACUAUUAUUUUGGAGACGAAUUGCUGAAUCGUCUGGAUCUUUGCUCAAUGAUCAAAAAAAAGCAACCUAAUGGCUACUAUCACUGUGAGUCCUCUAUUACUGUAGGUAAAAGCCAUGAAGUUGAUGUAGUACAGGAAGCUUUGCACAAAGAACUGUUGUCCCUGUUGUCCAAGCUGAAUCAGAUAAAGGCACUUUUGUCAAGUCCAGAGAUCCGGAUGAAAAUAUACAAGGAACUUCUUGUAAAAGGACUUCCAAGCAGCAGCAUCUGGGAAAGUCAUGUUGGUGCUGCACCUCCUGCCUCUAAUCUAAAAGAGUGCGAAACCCAACAAUUUCAUUUUUAGACAAAGAACAUUUGUUAAACAAAUUGGUCUCGUUUACUUGGGGAGAGGUCUACAUGAAAAUAUUUGAAAGGAAAAAAAAUAAUACAUAAUGUGGCAUACAAAUGCAUGCUUCCAAAAUCCAUACAUUUCACAUAAUUUUUUUUUGUUUUAAUCUUAUGUGAUCUUAUCUUUUAUGCGUUUGUGAUAGAAGGGCAAAUCAGCUUUUAGUCAUUCAGUAACAGAAAUGGCAUUCUUGUUUUUAAAACAUGGUUCACCUUGAGAAUGGAAAUCCAGUAUAAUUACUCAGCAUUGCUUAAGUUAGAUUAAUGCCAUCUCAUAUGCUUACUACUGCUGGAGGAAGUGUGAGGACAUAUCUGCACCACAGCUUGCUGGUUCAGUACUUCAGUGCAAUCUAAGAACUGCAGGAAGUGCUACUGAAUUGUGUAUUCCCUUAUUUUGGGUAGAUUUGUUCUCCUGAGUUAACCCUGUAAUUCCUUCCCCAAACCACCAUCCCUUAGUUUAUCAUACAACAUCUCUGGGAAGAUUAUUUAGGUUGUUUUAUGGGAACUGGGCAGUUUGCAGAUAUCAGAUACUCUUAAUCAGUGCCUCAAAAGCCUGCAUGAAUGAGUAAAAUCCUGUCAAAGUUAAGCAAUUUAUGGUGCAGCUACUGUAGUCGAAGCCCAAAAGAAUCAUUAUCAGGACUCACUCCUUAAGAACAAGCGUCACUGAAUUCAAAGGACUUACUUUGAGUAAACAUGCAGAAAACAAUGUUGAACAAGCCCCACAUAUUUCAAGAGGUGAGGUAAGUUCUCAUACAUAACCCUCUCCUACUGGAAUCAGUAAGAUUUUUAGACUUUCUAACAGUGGUUGGAUCAUGCCCCCUCUGUAAACACUUAUUUUGGUUUGAACACAUGAUUCAUUGAUCCUUAACAAACCAGUAGCUGUAAAGUAACAAUUUCAGAAAAAAUAAUGUGUAGAUUAAUUUUAAACUGUACAGCCAAUGUUUUGUAUUAUACUGUAUAUAUGUUGUGGUUUUGAUUUGGAGAUUUUUUUCCCUUAAGCAGAAUUUAAAAUUUAUGUACAGAUGCUGAAAUACUAUUUCUGCUGUUGUUUACAUGCAAACAAGAAUGUUUCAAAUUUCUCAGUGUUUAUUGUAAAAUCACAAAACAAAAUGAACCUUACCUAAUCAUUUCUUUAAAAGUUGUUCUUGA